CCACCUAUUGGUGUCCAUGGUUGUUCUUUUAUUUCCGUUUUCUGAAGUGUGAAGAAAUCCUUACAUGUAGGAAGAGGACAAUACCCAAUCCCAUCCCCAGCAAUCACACGCCCCCCCGCUUUCUUUUGCUGCCUACAAACCUUCUCCAAAUCCGUCUACGGAUCCAAAAAUCCAGAUGCUGAUCCAUUCUUAGGUGCCUCAGCCGUAGUUGCUUUCCAUUGGGAUCUGCGCUUAACCGCAAUCUCGAAGCCGCCGUGAUUUGACCGGACGCCGGUGGAAUGGCGCCCUCCAAAGCUGACGAUAGGAGAGGAGGGAGGGGGAGGAAGAGUGAACGAGAUGACGAUCUAAGGAGGAGUAACAAUGGCUGUGGAAAUGGGAAGAGGGGAAGAGAUAGAAGUGACACGAUGAGGAAGGUGUUGUUAGGGUUAGGGUUCUGGGUGCAGGGGUUCAGGUGUUUUCCAUGGAUGGCUGUCAAUUUCUUCCUCAAGGAUGGCCUCCGUGUCGACCCAUCCACCCUUCAGAUCCUUCAAAGCUCUGCUAAUCUUCCCAUGGUUGCCAAGCCCUUCUAUGGUAUCCUCUCUGAUUCCGUUUACAUCUACGGCCAGCACCGCAUUCCUUACAUUGCUUUCGGAGCUCUUUUGCAAGCUUUGUCAUGGAUUGUUCUUGCACUUCUAUCAUACUCUACUAUCUCAUUCUCUACCAUCACUGUAUAUCUGCUUCUUGGAAACUUGGGUGCUUCUAUAGUUGAGGUUGCCAAUGAUGCCCUCGUUGCAGAGAUAGGAAAACAGUGCAGCCCUUCAUCCGGAGGUGAGCUUCCAUCUUUUGUCUGGAUGGCAUCUUCCCUUGGUGGUGUUCUUGGAAAUCUUUUAGUUGGGAUCACCUUAAACAGACUCUCAACUCAAGCAAUGUUCCUCCUGUUUGCUUCUCUGCUCUUACUCCAGUUUCUGGUAACGGUUGUCAUUAAAGAGAGGUCUCUGGACCUUCCGAAAAGCAUAGCAUCUAAUAAUCAAGGGUUCAAAAAGCAACUCUCAGAUCUCAUGGUUGCGCUGCGGGAACCAGAGAUUUCUUACUCCAUACUCUGGUUUGCAUCAUCUUUUGCAGCAGUUCCUGCACUAACAGGAACCAUGUUCUACUAUCAAACACAACAUUUAAACAUUGAAACAUCAAUACUAGGUUUUUCUAAAGUCUUUGGACAGAUCGCGAUGCUCUUUUGGGGUAUCAUCUAUAACAAACACCUCAAGUCAGUCUCACCAAGGAAACUAAUAUCUGCAAUUCAGGUGGCCAUGGCCGCUCUCAUGUUUUCUGACAUCUUGUUUGUGAAAGGUUUAUAUCGGACAAUAGGUAUCCCAGACUCUUUGUACGUUGUGAUUAUUUCUGGUGUUUUGGAGAUAAUGUGUUUUUUCAAGAUUCUCCCCUUCAGCAUUUUAAUGGCACAACUUUGCCCACCGGGGUGCGAAGGGUCUGUGAUGGCAUUUCUCAUGUCUGCUGUGGCACUUGCGCUCAUAGUAAGUGGGUAUCUUGGGGUUGCCUUAGCUUCAUUUGUCAUGGUUACUGGGGAUGACUUCUCUGGUUUUCCAUCUGGUCUAACAGUACAAGCAGCUUCAACGCUUGUUCCGCUUUUUUGGUCUACGUGUGUGCCAGAAGGUAUAAAACCGAAAACCAACUGACUGGGCAAAAUCUGGCUAGGGGAAGAGGCUUUUUAUUCCAAGCUUGACAGAUAUUCAAAUGCUGUUAGAGGGCUUCCACAUCAUUAGAAAUUUCUUAUAUUAGAUAGAUGAGAAUUGGGCUAGGGAUUGUUAAAUACGGAGUAUUUUUUCAUUAUGAUACUGUCUAUAGGUUUCAUUUGCAUGUAUGUGUUUUUGAACGGUUGGUUCAUAUCUAAUGAAGUAAUCUGAGCCCUCAGGGCUCAGACAGGGGGUACUCCAUCUUUCAUAUUGCUGUAGUGUUUAUAAACACUAUGGAUCAUG